AUGUGUUCAAUGAAGUGCACCAUUCCGGGUGUUAAUCUAAAAGUUUUUGGUCGGGCCAUACAAUCCUUGUCAAAAAUUGGGGAUGAGCUGUACUUUGAGCCACUUGAAGAUGGGUUAUAUCUGAGGGCGGUCAACAUGUGUCGUUCAGCGUACGGCUGUUUCCAGUUCUUUCCAAAUUUUUUCUCCAACUAUAUUGACAGUCUGCCAGAUAAGAACAGGAAUUCUGAUGAUGGUGAAGCUUUGCUCCGUUGCAAACUGGGAAUGAAGUCUAUUCUGACAGUGUUCAAGUCCCUGCCCACUAUCGAUAAAACAGUAGAGAAGUGCCGAAUAGCUUUGGACCCAACAGAAGCUCGACUGGUUUUUCAGAUGUACUGCAGGCAUGGCAUCAUCAAGACUCACAAGCUGGCUUUUACAGAAUGUGAAACCCUACAGGCAGUAUUCUCAAAGGAUCUGUGCCCCAACAAAUUAACUGCUGUACCCAAGCUGCUGUGUGAUGCUGUGCUGAAUUUCCAGAAUAAUCAGGAGGAGAUCACUCUUAUUAUCAGACCAGAUUUUAUGGCCUUGAAGAAUUAUGUUGAUGAUGAAGCAGAUCCUCACAAGGUCAUCCAUACAGAGCUGACACUGUCCCCUGAAGAGUUUGAACAAUACCAGGCAGGAGUGGAUGCAGACGUGACCUUCUGUUUAAGGGAGCUUCGUGCUGUCCUGGCGUUUGCUGACAUUACCAGUCUUCCACUGACGCUACAGUUUGAAACUGCUGGAAGGCCCAUAACUCUCUCCAUAACGAGUGACCAAUCAUUUGAGGCCAACUUUGUCCUGGCAACUCUGGCAGAAGUAGAAGCAUCUGAACCCUCUGCUGCAGCAGGAGCACAGGAAUCCUCAUUAAGGAAGAGUGGAUCACAUGAAAGGUUCAGAAACACAAGGAAACAAAAUGGUAAAAGUUCAGUAAACAGAAAUUCUUCAAACAACACUUAUACAGAAAAACAGCAAUCAUCCAAGCCUGAACACUCACUACAUCAUUCUGCGACAGUGAGAGACAGGCCAGGAACAUCCCAUGCUGCCGAUGAUAUGAUGAAUGACGACGAAGACUUUUCCGUCAUGAUGGAUGUCACAGCCCCUGAGGAACCCUACACAUCACAACCACCCACAACUGUACCAGAAAAAAACACACGGGGAACUGAACAACCAGUUCGAAAAAAAGUAAUUUUUCGCCAUGAUACAGAUGACGAGGACGACGAAGAUGGCUGGCAUUUAAAUGCUAGAGCUGCUGAAAACUUUAUAAAUGCUGCUGGGUCGGUGUCUAGUGAAGACAGGCAUGCAAAAAUCCUAAGUAGCAAAGAGAAAGAUGUUAACAGAGUAGCAACAGUGGUACAAGAUCAUAGUAAGCAGAUUCAGACUAGUUCAGAAGCAGCACAAACAAGUUCAGGCAGCAGUAGCACAGGAGGUGUGCACAAUGUGGGUAGAACAUUUUUGUCUUUGAAGUCUGGCAGUGGUGAUACAAGCCCGGUUGUUCCUAUGCAGAACACUAACUUGCAGUCUGAGUCAGACGAAUCGGAUAAUGAAGUUGAGGAGGAAAUACCAGCCACACCUCCCAUGAAAAAGUUCCGAUCUUUGUUUUUUGGGACUCAAUCAAGUACGCAGUCAACACAGUCACAACAGAAGUCUGUCAUAUUGGCUCCUGACUCGGACGAAGAACACUGA